CAAACCAAUCAGCAGGCGUCUCGAGGCUCGAGCUCUCCUGCUCUUUCUGCCAGCAGCAGCAGAAACGCUUCUUAUCAAAGAAACGCACAACUGGAGAAGUCCAUUCACUCACAGCCUCUAACCAUGGGUCCUGCCUGCUUCUCCUGGGACGUCUGUUUGUUUCUCCUCCUUACAAACACUUUAGAUGUCAUGGGAAACGUUGGAGACGCAGAUGCUGAUGAGUGCUCCGAAUCCACAGAUGACUGUCACAUCGACGCUCUCUGCCAAAACACUCCAAAGUCCUUCAAGUGCAUCUGCAAGACUGGUUACAAUGGAGAUGGCAAGCACUGCGAAGAUAUGGAUGAGUGUGAAAAUGACUACAAUGGAGGAUGUGUUCAUGACUGCAUCAACAUCCCUGGGAACUACAGGUGCACAUGCUAUGAUGGAUUCAUGCUGGCAGAUGACGGGCACAACUGUCUUGAUGUGGAUGAAUGUCUGGAUAACAACGGCGGCUGUCAGCAGAUCUGCGUGAACAACAUGGGCAGUUAUGAGUGCCAGUGCAAAGAUGGGUUCUUUCUGAGUGACAACCAGCACACCUGUAUCCACCGAUCGGAUGAUGGGAUGAACUGUAUGAAUAAGAACCAUGGCUGUGCCCAUAUCUGCAGAGAGACUCCCAAAGGCGGUGUGGCGUGUGAGUGCCGCCCAGGUUUUGAGCUAGCCGAAAAUCAGCAUGACUGCAAAUUGACAUGUAACUAUGGAAACGGUGGUUGCCAACACACAUGCGAUGACACCGACGUGGGGCCCGUGUGUGGAUGUCAUCAGAAAUAUGCCCUGCAUUCGGACAGCAAGACCUGCAUUGAGAAUGAUGAGGCUGCAAUUGAGAGCUCUGAAUUCAAUACCACGUCAGUAGCUGAUGUGGACAAGCGGGUGAAACGUCGUCUACUUAUGGAGACCUGUGCAGUGAACAACGGCGGUUGCGAUCGCACCUGCAAGGACACGGCCACCGGGGUGCGCUGCAGUUGUCCAGUGGGCUUCACCCUUCAACCCGAUGGCAAGACCUGCAAAGACAUCGAUGAAUGUUUGGAGAAUAACGGAGGAUGUGAUCAUUUCUGCCGGAACACGGUGGGCAGUUUUGAGUGCAGCUGUCAGAAAGGACACAAACUCCUGACUAACGAACGCACCUGUCAAGAUAUUGACGAGUGCUCCUUUGAGAGGACAUGUGACCACAUCUGCAUCAACUACCCGGGAAGCUUUGAGUGUGUGUGUCACAAAGGUCACAGUCUCUAUGGCCUCACACACUGCGGCGAUAUUGACGAGUGCAGCAUUAAUAACGGGAGCUGUGAAUACGGCUGUGUGAACACACUGGGCAGUUACGAGUGUGUGUGUCCUCCUGGACAAAAGCUCCACUGGAACAAGAAAGACUGUUUUGAGGCAGUAAAAUGCCUCCCGAAUGGAAAGCCAGCACCUCGCGCUCAGCUCAGCUGCACCAAGACAGGUGGAGGGGAGGUGUGCUCGCUGUCCUGUCCGUCAAACGCCCUUUUCCUGGCAGACUCUGAGAACAGUUACACUCUGAGCUGCGGUGUACCUGUCCAGGCAGGUAAAGUUCCAGUGAAGAGGAACAUUACUACUUCCGGCAGUAGCUCCAUGCAAACCUGCACAGAGACGCUGGCCCAGCCUGUGAAGCAGAAAGCACGCUUUAGGAUCAAAGACGCCAAGUGCCACCUGAGACCCCGCAAUAAAGAGAAACACAGGGAAAUGGGAAAACAGGGCCUUCAGGGAGCUGGUCAGUUGCCCUGCACAGACGACUGUGAGGUGACAUUUGUGAAUCUGAAGUGUGACUCUUCCAAAAAGCGCCGUCGUGGUCGCAAGUCUCCAUCCAAAGAAGUCUCCCACAUCACAGCGGAGUUUGAGAUGGAAAUGAAAGAAGAGGAAGCCUCAGAAUCAUGUAAUGUGGACUGUGUGCGUGAGAAGACCAAACAGAGGAUGCAGAAUGCCAUGCGCCAACUAAGGAAGUCCAUCAGUAAGCAGCAGUUCUACAUUCAGUUCUCUGGCACGGCGUACGAGGUGGCCCAGCGUGGCGUGCGCCAGACAGAGGGAGAUGAGACCUGCAGUAUAGGACAGGUCCUCACCGACGGGAAGUGUGUCAGCUGCGGUGUGGGAACGUUCUACAGCGGAGAACAGGAACAGUGUGUGAUAUGUCCGCCAGGAACCUAUCAGGACAGAGAGGGCCAGCUGUCCUGCGAGCCCUGCCCCAGCACCGAGGGACAGGGCAUCGCAGGGGCCAAGAAUGUCUCCGAGUGUGGAGGCCAGUGUCCUGCUGGUCAGUUCUCUGCUGAUGGUUUCCGUCCGUGUCAGCCUUGCCCACUGGGCACCUUCCAGCCUGAGCCGGGCCGUGUGUUGUGUUUCCCUUGUGGAGGAGGACUCAUGACUAAACACACGGGCAGCACAUCCUUUAGAGACUGUGAAGCCAAAGUUCACUGUGCUCUCGGGCAUUAUUAUAAUGCCACCACACACCGGUGCAUCCGUUGUCCGGCUGGUACCUACCAGUCUGAGUCAGGACAGAACUACUGCAUCACCUGCCCUGGAAACACCACUACAGAUUUUGACGGCGCUAACAAUGUAUCUCACUGCAAAAAUCAGUUAUGUGGUGGUGAGCUGGGAGAUUUCAUGGGCUACAUUGAAUCUCCCAACUAUCCUGGCGACUAUCCGUCUAAUGUGAACUGCGUCUGGAGUAUUAACCCUCCGAACAAGAGGCGCAUCCUUAUUGUUGUACCAGAGAUCUUCCUCCCUAUUGAGGAUGAGUGUGGGGAUGUUCUUGUCAUGAGGAAAAGUGCCCAGCCCACUUCCAUUACAACUUAUGAGACAUGCCAAACUUAUGAGCGACCAAUCGCCUUCACCUCCCGUUCACGCAAGCUGUGGAUCCAGUUCAAAUCUAAUGAGGGAAACAGUGGAAAGGGAUUUCAGGUUCCAUAUGUCACUUACGAUGAAGACUACCAGCAACUCAUAGAGGACAUUGUUCGAGACGGUCGACUUUAUGCCUCAGAAAACCACCAGGAGAUAUUAAAAGAUAAGAACCUGAUUAAAGCUCUGUUUGAUGUGCUGGCUCACCCUCAUAACUACUUUAAAUACACCGUGCAGGAAUCAAAGGAGAUGUUCCCACGAUCCUUUAUCAAACUGCUACGUUCCAAAGUGUCCAGGUUUCUACGGCCGUAUAAAUAGAAACCCCGAACAUUGCUUCCACGACCCCGGCUCUAUCCCCCUCUUUUCUCCACUAGCUCCCAGAAGGCCUCACUACUGCAAGAAGAUAAAGACGUUUGGCCUUCAUCCUGUCUGAGAUUUGUCCAUUUGUCCCUUUUUGUCUUUGUUUGUUUGCUAAUAUUUAUGUGCUUGAUUUUGCAAAAGCCCUCUUUGGAUGUUUGAUGUCUACAGUAUAUAUUUGUAUAUGGAUGUAUGUAUAUAUAUGUGUGUGUGUGUGUGUGUGCGCGUACAAAAAAAUUAUGUGCAAACUUAUGGCAUAUUAGGACACAUACAGAUGCACACAGAUAUAUAUUCUUGUUUUGAAAAGGUUAUUUUCAUGCCCCUAAUGUGCACAAGGGGUUUUAAUAUCCUAGUGCACUUAAAGUUUUCUUUUCAAACUGUAUGAAAAAAGGAAUGGCUUUCCACAACUUAAAAGACCAAGGCAGACAAAUGAAAGAAAGAAAAAAAAACUAGAUACAAGGCAAAGACUACCUGUCCGUAUGAGAGUUAGUGUUACGUGUACGUUGUUUAACUAGUAUUUGGAGCUUCAAUUGCACUUGAAUUUUAUAUUGUAGAGAGAAUAAGGAAUCUAAGUUACUUUUUUCUUAAUGUUUUUGUUGUGUAGAUAUGUUUUACUUUGGGUGUAGAAACAUGAAAUGUCCAAACUUCCCCUCUACAGGAUACAGAAAGAUAUUCUCACCUAUCCCUCUCCUGUAAACACAAACAGAUUUCAAAAUAAUCAUCUCAUAAUAAGGUUUUUUGCAGUUUAAUAUAAAACAAGUGUUGAAGUACCAUAAUGUUCACUGGGUUUGCUUAUAAUGUUGCUUACAGUAUAUCAUGUUUUUUAAUUUCACAUGUUGCAGUUGGUUUGUCAUUAAUCUGGUUGUUAUCGUGCAUGGGACAUUUGGAGAAAUUGUAAAUAUGGUGAUUUUUGGCAAGUCAGAUUUUUAUUUGAGCUGGUUGUGUCAUAAACUCAUGGAAAUGGACUAGUUUUGAUUCAGAACAACAACAAAAAAAUCCAUUUGGAUAAGAGUCUUAUGGUCUAUUACAUAGUUCUAACACAUAUAUUGCACAACAUAUCACCUUUGUGCUGGGCACAAAGAGACAUAUUUUGCUCUUCUUGUUGAACUGUGGAUGAAAGUCAGAGGCUGUUUGUUAAACAGAUGACAUAACUGAAGUAUGUGAAUGUUAACUGGCUAAAAAAAAAAAAAAUAAGAGAUCAGGUAAUUUCCCCUCACAAAUCAGCAGAAUGCGCUUUUAGGAAGACAAAAAAAAAGAUAGUGUGAGUGUCUGUAUGUAGUUCGGGUACAGUUUAUUUAAUAUUAUUGGCCCAUUUUGUUUAAACUGAUUUAGUGAUCUUUUUUGCAAGUCUAUGGACUGUAUAGUAGUGCGAAAAAAGUAAAAAAAAAAACAAAAACAACUAAACUAAAUGUGCCAUAAAGUCACAGAAAGUCAUUUGACAGUAUUCUGCAUACUUUUGCAUAUAUUCCAGUUUGAGAGGGACUGAGGGACGGACUGAUCAUUCUAAAGCUGCUUUGGUAUAUAAGCACUUAAUCAUGCUUGUAUUUCUAACAUCCACAUAUGGACAAGGAAACACAUUCACUCUUGCAUUUAACAUAAAUAAACGUACCUUCAUGCAUUACCUAAUUACACACAAAUGCAUUACCUAAUCCGUAUUAAUUAUGCGAGCACAUAAAUUUAUGAUUUGUGACAUAACCACAAAAUAUCGUUGAUCUCUGUGUGUGUGUCUGUUAAUCACGUUAAUCAUAGUCUCAUCUGAUUACUAAAACAAAGACAUGUGACUGCUUGAGGAACUGUUACCAUUACAAAAGCAGACGACAAAUGUUUGAGAUGUAAAAUCAACUAAUACACACACCUGGAUGGCUUCACACACAGAUAUAAGUAGCUACUUUUACCUUCAGAUGGACUGAGUGACUCAAGACUGCUGCUGGUAUGAUUUGUAAGCUUUAUGAAUACAGAUGUGUAAAUUAUGUACAAAUGUUAAUUUUUAAUUAGUUAAUAUUUGCAGUAGAAGGAGACAAUAUGCUGGGCAAGGUGACAGUCUAACAUGUGCAGGACUGUUCUGGAAGGCUAGUGAUAGUUUGGAAGGCUUUGAUAGUAUGCUUCCCAUCAUCAUAAAUGACCUCUUUACAAAAGAACUAACAAAAUCAACCCAAUGAAGGUGUGUAGAAGAGAAUGGGAAUUAUUGUUAAGACCUCACUUUAUUAAUAAAUCAUUCAAAUCUCA